UUUCAUAAUAUCUAAUAAUAAUAAUACCUAGCUAGCUAGCUUGUUUCUUCAUCUUCAUUUUCAGUUAUUUUGUUAUCUACAACAAUAACAUAGAUUAAUAAUAUUCGAUCCAUCCCAUGGCCACCAGUUUGUUAUCAGCGCCAACUUUCCAAGGUCUCCGACCAGUCAACAAAUUAGCCACCGACUCCUCCUUGCUCCUAAAACCCAACACACUUUCCCUUCCAGCAGCAAAGAAGUCGUCAUGUCGUCGUAUCAUCAAGGCGGAGCUGAACCCGUCUUUGGUGAUCAGUCUGAGCACCGGUCUGUCCCUCUUCUUGGGAAGGUUCGUCUUCUUUAACUUCCAAAGAGAGAACGUGGCUAAGCAAGGACUCCCUGAACAAAACGGAGUGACCCAUUUCGAGGCAGGGGAUACCCGGGCUAAGGAGUAUGUUAGUCUUUUGAAGUCCAACGACCCGGUCGGAUUCAACAUAGUUGAUGUACUUGCAUGGGGUUCUAUUGGACAUAUUGUGGCUUACUAUAUCUUGGCCACUUCUAGCAAUGGUUAUGAUCCCAACUUCUUUUAAUUCAUUAGUUAUGUGUGUACCUAUAUAUAUUCCAAUUCCUAUAUGUAUCUUGUGUUAAUUUUCACUAUAUAUUUAAGCUCUCAUGCAUUAUUCUUAA